AUGCUCGCGCGCCAGCAGAUGUUCAGUAAAUAGGGAGUGCGCGCGGUGAGCUAAUAAGGACCAGACCAUCUAUUAAGAAAAUGCAAAAUGAUUUUUGAACAGGUAAAACAAUGCAAGCCAUUUCUUAAUUGCAUUCACUUUUCACUAACUGUCUGCGAUACUGGAAUUCUGUUGGAAUAAGUUUCCGCAGUGUUUGGAUGUACAGUCCACGCUUCUUAUUACGGAGAAUGGUGCGGAGAUGCCUUGGGUGCUAAUGCUGGUAAUGUCCCUAAAAUGAGCGCAGAGCAUGAGAAGCCACCUCUAACUCCAAAACCAAAGAUUCUCAGUCAACUGACUUUUAAAUUGCCUUCGACCCUCAUGUCAAGACCUCGUGCCUCCGCCAGGGGCCCCAAGCCUCCCGUGGCACCCAAACCCAAGAUGCUACAUGCAGGGGAGCCCUGCCGCCCAGAUGACCAGGACAGCCUCAGCAGGUGCAGCAAUGGAGAUCUGCAGUUCUCUGAGGAGGAACUGGAUCAGGAAAAUGAGUCUGAUGGGUCCCUGCCAGAAGAAGACGGGACUGAGGAGCAGCCCACAAUAUACGAGGAGGGAUGUGAAGAUGCGGAGAGGGGAGAAGAAGAGAGGGAGCCAGACAGUGAGGAAAAGAUGUCAACUCAUCCCACCAAAAUGGAAGGAACCUAUUCUGUGGACACACCAGAAAUUAGCGACACUGAAUGCUCUGCUGACUCAGCGUAUACAGCCGAGGUUACUGAUACGGAAUGCACAGGCGAUGAGGAACCAGAGAUCCCCAACGCUGCUGAAGUACCCGAGGACACCGGUGUGUUUUCAGAGUGUGAUGCAGCUUCAGGUGAUGAAGGAACCGAUCACCACCCACACACUGAGGACAAUCCUGAAGACUUAGGGGCAGGGAAAGAGAGCCCUACUGAGGAUUUAACCAUAAACCCAGCAGAUCCUGACCAGGAACUGCAGAGUAAGGAUGAUGGAACCUACAUUUCUGAUUUUGUCAAUGAGGAUGCAGAGAGUAGAGCCUCGGUAGGGGACCACACUCCACCAGAACCUUCUUCUUGUCAGGAGCCUGUGUUAGAAGCUAAUGCCUACUCAGUGGAUGUGAUUGGGAGUGGACCUCCUUUGAAGCAUACUGACUGUUCGUAUGAUGUCAUCAGUGCCUGUUGUGAUGCCUCAGAACCUUCACAGGAUCUGGAAGAUCAGAACUUUAAUUUCUUUACCAGUGAAAUGGAUAUAGGAAACAGUACAGGCUCAUUAGAAAAUUAUUUCCUUGCAUUAGAAAGUGCUCACAUCGUUCAGCCUUUCUCUAUUGACACAGAGUCUGCCACAGAUGUGGCUGAUGACCAGGACAUUGAGGCUGAACAUAAUAAGUUGGACCAUUUCUCUGACUAUAAAAAAUCCAAGCAGUGCUCUGUACUAGAGGAGCAGCUAGCUACAAACUCUGAAACCAACCUUGAGCCAUUCUACGUCUCUUCUGAGGACAUAGUUGAAAUUGAGGAGAGCCAAGCACAACCAGAGGAUGCUGAGAGUCUUCCAAAGGAACUGGUUCUAAUAACAGAGGCCAAAGAGACAACCAGCCACAGUGCAGAUGUUGAUAAUGACUCUCUCAGUGAAGAUGCUGAGUGCUUACAACAACUUGAAUGCGUGUCAUCCGAGGACUAUGUUGAGAUUGGUGACAGUGAUGACAGGGCUAAAAAUGUGAGCAAAAAAAAAGUGGCCAAAAACAGUAAAUGUCCUGACGCUGUCCACAACCAGUGUAAUAAUCAGCCACGCUUUAGGCUGUGCUCCAUAACCAUUCCUGCAGACAUGGAUAUAUGCAGGACCCCAGAGCUUACAGACAGGCUGGUGUUCACUGACGCCGCAGAUGUGUUUGGGGAUGAUAUGGACUAUGAAGGCCAUAUAGUGCCUUAUUUGGAGGAAACAGACACAGAGAGGGACAAUGUCAGUGAUGAACAUGUCUACGAGGAAGCAGGUCUUGAUUCAGAGGGUGAGAACUUCCUUGCCAUGGAUCGAAAAAGCAUUGUGACUCGUUCACGGUCUCUCUCUGGAAAAGUGCCUGGUUAUGUUCCAGAAACUGUCCCAGAGGAGACAGGCAUUGAAUAUCAAACCCAUGACUACUAUACCGUGGAUAAAAGUGGUCACCCUCUGAGUGACAGCGAACAGCUACCAAUAAAUCGAAUCAUCCCUUCCUCCAUAGCCCGACGUUUCAUUCUUUAUCCACGCUCCUACUCUGUUGAGGGGCAGGAAAUUCCAAUGUCUGUUUAUAGAGAGGAUGACUGUUUUCUGGGGGAGGAAGGCAGAAUUAAGAGAGCAGAUGACAACCUCUCCUUGCCGUGUGUCAUUGGAUCCUCAGGCAGCUUUUCCCAGCGAAGCCACCUGCCUUCCAGUGGUAUGUCCACCCCAACAUCAGUUGUAGAUAUUCCACCUCCUUUUGAGCUUGCCUCCAUUACUAAGAAGCCCAUCACUAAAAGCUCUCCAUCUCUUUUGAUUGAGAGCGACACUUCUGACAAGCAGAAAAAGAAGAAGUCCUCGUUCAAACGCUUUUUGACACUGAAGUUCAGGAGAAAGACAGAAAACAAGGUCCAUGUGGACGUGAACGUCUCCUCCUCACGUUCGUCCUCCGAGUCCAGCCACCAUGGACCCCUGCGUGUCCUGGACAUGGACAGGAGGAGCAUAGGCAGCUCUCCGCAGCUCAAGGUUCGGUCUGGGAAACCACAGCGCUUGUCAGACUCACCUACUACUUUCUUGUUCUACAAAGACGGAAAGAGAAAAGGAGGGCCAAAGACUUUCAGCAACAGGUGUGUGUCCCGGGUGGAGUCGUUUGAAGAUCGUUCUCGACCCCCCUUCAUGCCCCUCCCACUGACCAAGCCUCGGUCCAUUUCCUUCCCCAAUGCAGACACCUCUGAUUAUGAGAACAUUCCAGCCAUGAGCUCUGAUUAUGAGAAUAUCCAGAUCCCACCCAGACGACCCGCUCGAGCAGGGACUUUUGGAGAGUUCUUUGAUGACCCCAGUCGGGCUCUGUCCUCUGCCAAUGAGAAUGAUGGCUAUGUAGACAUGAGCAGUUUUACUGGAUUUGAAAACAAACCUCAAACAACGGAUCAAGAAACAGAAAGUGCCUAUACGGAGCCUUACAAGGUGUGCCCUGUCGCCGUUGGACCAUCAGAGGAGGUAGGAGGCGAGGAUGACCAAGGACGCACCUCAGAGGAGGAAGAGGGAGGGACAGAACAUAGUUAUGACAGACAGAUUGAUGGUCGAUCCAGGGCAUUCUAUAUUGCCAAAGAGCUGGUGGAUACGGAGAAAGAACAUGUAAAGGGGUUGAAGCUGCUCCAGGAGGAUUUCAGGCAGACAGUGGGGGCCCCAGUGGGAGAGGAGGGGGAGCCAGCGCUGGAGGAGGAGAGACUGGAGGAGAUACUCAGCAAUCUUCCGGAGAUCUACCAGCUCCACUGCCACAUCCUCACUGAGCUGGAGAGCCGCAUUGCACAGUGGGAUGAGAGCCAGCGGGUUGCUGAUGUCAUCUUGUCGUGCCGGGCGGAGUUCUCUGUCUUUGCACCUUACAUGGCCCAUUAUGACCGGAGCGUGGCCCUAUUGGAGGAGAGCUGCCAGAACAGCCCCGCCUUCGCCUCCAUUGCCAGGCAGUUUGAGCUGCAGAGUCCGUCCGGGAGGAAGGUCCCCCUGAAACAGCAGCUGCUGCAGGUCAUCGUGCGCGUGCUGCAGUACCGCAUGCUGCUCACAGAUUACUUAAACAACCUCUCUCCAGACUCCACAGAAUAUGAAGAUACACAAGCUGCUCUGGGGGUGGUCUCAGAGGUGGCUGACCAGGCCAAUGACAGUCUGAGGGAUGGGGAGAACUUGCUCCGCCUGGUUCAUAUUGAGUACAGCGUCAGAGGCCAGAGAGACUUGCUCCAGCCAGGAAGGGUGUUUGUGAAGGAGGGCACCCUGAUGAAAGUUUCACGGAAAAGCCGGCAACCGCGUCACUUGUUCCUGAUGAAUGACAUGAUGCUGUACACUUACCCACAGCAGGAUGGGAAAUACAGACUGAAGAAUGCUCUCACACUCGUCGGGAUGAAGGUCAGCAAGCCCCUGAUAGAGAACGUGCAGUACGCCCUGAGGAUCGAGGUGUCGGACAUCUCCAUCACGCUCUCAGCCAGCUCGUGUGGGGAACGGGACGACUGGUACCACGUGCUGAGCCGUACGGUGGAGGAUCAGGCCAGGGGCCAGGGGGCCUGCAGGAGUUCCAGUGCAGAGGCUCGGGAGAAGGUGUGGAUGUCUCUGGGGGAGAGCGCGCCGACCCUGGUGCCCGUAUCCCAGGUGAUGAUGUGCAUGAACUGCGCCUCGGACUUCUCCCUCACCCUGCGCCGGCACCACUGCGCCGCCUGCGGGAAGAUCGUGUGCCGGGGCUGUUCGAGGAACAAGUACCCGCUGAAGUACCUCAAGGACAGGAUGGCCAAAGUGUGCGACCGUUGCUACGCUGAGCUGAAGAAGCGAGGGGGCAGCGUUGCGGGAGCAACCGGCAAUGACAGUCCCCGGCCCAACCGGUCCAGCCGGCCCCUCUCCACCGUCUUCCAGAACAUUCACCCGCCCAACCUGUGGAGGCACAGGAAGACUACCGUCCCUCUGAACCAGGUGGCAGGGUCGGCGGAGGGCUCGACCGGGAGCGGUCUGCACCGCUGCAAGAGGAGCAAGAGGAACUGGAAGAAGCUGUGGUUCCUCCUAAAAGACAAGGUGCUCUACGUCUCCUCCACCAGUGAGGACAAGGUGGCAUCAGAGAGCUUGCCUCUCCUUGGCUUCACUGUGAAGCUGCCAGACAAACCAGAGGAGGAGGAAGUUACGAAUGUUUUCCAACUGUACCAUAAGAAGACCCUGUACUACACCUACAGAGAGGAAAAUAACACUGCACAGAGAUGGGUCAAUGCCAUAGAGGAGGCCACAGUCUUAUAGCAGCGGCCAUCUUGAGUGUUAGAACUGCACGUCUGCUACUCACUCUUCACCUCCCUGAGGGCCUGCUGAGCUGCUCUUCUCUUCUGUCAUACCAUCCUUUACAAUGCCUGAAUGUAAAAAAAAUAAGAAGAGAAAGAGAAGCUUUUUUUGACAUUGGGGACUACGUGCGAUUGUACAGAAGAUAUGUAACACAUCGGGAAUUUCAAAAGAUACUUGUUUCUGCGCAUUGAAGUACUUCCGCUACCUGGUGUGCUACUUGGGUUUCCUUUCUUCAGAUGGAUCCUCUGAUCGUUGCCCAAUGUCUGUGCUGGUAUGAAACUGAGACCUACACGGUAUUCACUGGCCAAUCAGAGGCCCCUGGAUGCUCACUUCCUCUGGAGCUGAUCUGUACAGUGUUGCCAAACACAGCCGCUAAUGCAACAGUUUUGUACAGUGUGUUCAGCUAGUGUUAUGUUUGUUCCUUUUUUAAUGCUGCUACUCACUCUUUCACACAUGCAUUCACUGCAACCACGGCAGGGGUAGAGAGGCUAGGUUUGUUCUACUGUCAUAAGAUCUUGAGAUCAGUGGCAGUGUGUCGUUUAUUUCAUUCUGUACCCCUACCAUAACAUUUUGAUAGUCGUGUUGAGAAAGACAUAUCCAAUAUCCUGACAUUGGUGGAAUUACUGAAAGUAAUUUUAAAAUUCUCAGAAACAAUCAAUGCAGACAAGCGAGAAACAGUCCUGGCCUUCUCAGAGCUGAUAUAAUUUGAGCCAUAUUCACCCAGUUUGAAACUAUAUUUGAGUCCAAGUAAAAGCCAGUUAAGCUUCAUCAUCCAUCACAGCAAAUUUAGCUUGGUCCCUUACACACCAUACAGUAAAACCAAUUGGACAGUGAUAAAAAUGCCAUGCACAGACCUCACUGAUUUUAAACAAGCAAAAUCCUAUGUAUAUUAUGCAUAAUACACACAUACAUUUUUUCCAUUAUUUCCAUUUCCUUAUACAGAACAACUGCUUUUGAAUGGCUGCAUUUUAGUGGAAUCUUCCUGGAAAAAUACACUGCUCAACACCCACGGUCCACAGUUCAAUGCUCUGACCACUGCACCACAAACUUUUCCAUGCUGUCAGUAAGUCUAUAUUUGCCAAGAAAGAAUGUGUUUCCAUAGGGUGUGUGCGCAGUUAAAUAUGAAAAACGAUUACCUUAAAAGCAAAACAAUCGGGACGCUAUAUAUACACAGCCAUUAAUUUUGUUAUUUGGCUGCAUAGAUGGAAGGACAACACCUGGCAUUUGGCGAGAUGGUUUAUGUUGGGGGGGAACUGAACUGUGGCCUCAUUUAUAAACAAGAACAUAAGUAUUUAUAAAGAGGAGGAACUCCCACGGGGUAUAAGCCUAACCCAAGGGACGCCAAAUUAGGUUCUUCUUUGUCAUUUCUCACACUUGUAUUCUCCACUCAUGCAUUAAGAUUGUGCUUUAAGAAUAGGGUUUAAAAAGAGAAGAGGAUGUAGUAUAUACUAUUGAAAUGGCUGUAGGUUGCACAGUGAAGAGCGCUAUUGUUCAUCAUUUGUCUCGUGGAGGUUAAUGCGCCUUUUUUCUUCUUGUGCUACUGCUACAAAUAUAGAUAAGCAUGGCUGUGCAUUGCGACAAGCCGGAUGUCCUGGAUUAUAUAUGGAAUCAGUUCCACCAAGGAAUAAACCCCUAUUUUCAUUUAAAUGCCAAGGGAACAUCGAUAGAACUUGUGGUGCUUUUCAGAACCAAUAGUUUGCCUAAUGGUGUGGGCUGUUUGUUUCAAGGGCCCUGCUUCAGAUAGGCCCCUUCUCCUGAAAAAUAAGAUUAUUGUAGGGUCAGAUCUGCCAGUUCCCAUCUGAACUCCCUCUGGUUCUUGCAUUCUUUUCUUUGUUCAGCAAUAAAUGGCUUACUAUCUAAUAUGAUUUAAAGUGCGUGUAGCAUGUUUCAUGCUACAUUUCCAUUCAAAAAAUUGUCAUAUCACCCAUUUCAGCAGCCCCACAUGUUAUGUUAGCAUCGGCUUGAAUUCAUGCAUUGACUUGAAGUCGUUGAUUUAUUCACAAAGCCCAGUUGUGGGAUUAAUAUUGUGUUGUAUUCUAUGUACAGCUUUUGCCAGACAUUUUCAUUCGGUGCUUCAUUUCUUUGACACAUCACACAAAAUAAGGAAUCAAUAUUCUAAAAUCACAUUAUUAAUGGCCUUUAUACUGCCUAUGUUAGCUCAUUGUAAUAUAUUACCCCCUUCCUGUUAAAUAGAUAGAACAUUAGAAAUGGAAAACUUCCUGCCCAUUGAAUCAGCCCUGGGUUUCUGAAUUUAUUUGGCCCUGGUUACCUGGCUGCAGUCGCUGCUUGUGUUAUUUUUAUCUCGAGCCGUUUAUGGCUUUCCCAUGCCGUCGUCACAUCGGUUUCUCCCAAGCUGUAAUCCUGUAAACAGCCCCACGCUUUGAGACCGGAGCCUAGCCAGAACUCUACCCCGCUUUAUCCACUUCUGAUUUCCCAUGCGUCGGAUUCCGCGUGUCCGCGAUUCAUCAUCUCCCUGGAGACGACACAGAACCUGUCUGAAUGUCAGCGUCUGGAGGAAUAAAAAUCACUUUUUAUGCCUCCUCCCAAAAAGGAUUAUCAGUGCCAACUCCAAUACUACAUCUGAGCCCACCAGCAAUUCCGCUCAGUCUGCUACCGCUUCUCUAAGCUGUGAGACAUGCCUUGUCUCUUUAAAUUAUCUCUUCUCUGUGGAUACACUCUCUCUGUCACUCGUUCAAUGCAGUGUGGACCCAAGAGUGUGUGAGUGAAAUUCAGACUGCUGUGCAUUUUCUCUUUUGGUUACACUGGAGAGAAGUGUUACAGGGCAUUGUUGCACAUCAGUGUUAUGAUAAAUUACAUGGAAAAAUAAUGGGCAGAUUUAGCAUCAGUUUCUCAUUAAUAAGCCAGAUACACCUGCUUAAUAAUAAUGGAUUGCAUCAUGAAAUCCACAAAUUUACUUGUUAAUUUAUUAUCAUAUUUCCCGAAAUACCUUGGGAUUAAAAUCAAGCCAAAUGAUAAUAAUUUCCCAUCUGUGCCAUCUGCUGUUAAAUUUGUAAGGCCAUCAUUUGAAUGUGGUUUGGUUAUAUUUUAUUGUUGAAGGAUAAGAUUUGUGAUUGGCCGCUGAAUUUAAAUUCUGUGCAGUUAGAGAUAAAGACAAACUCUGCUUCAGGGAGAGGAUGGCGGAGUGGUAAAGUUUUAAGUGGGAAAGCCAUCCAGUAUGGAGGUCAUUCAUAGUGAUUGCGCAGUGCUGCCACAAAGAAAAAAGGAUAGGAGAAGGUUAAGAAUAGGAGAUCAUAAACCCAGGGAAGGCAUUAGUCAUCAAUCCAGCCCUCAAACUGGCUCAUAAUUAUUUUAGAUUUAGGAUUUUGCUUUUAUGCUGCACUACUAAGAAUAGAAACAAUUCAGAAGUUAGAGGAAUGUAUGACAAAAUGUACACUUUUUUGCUGGUGACUGGUGAGAUGCUGUGUAUUUUUCAACACUCAAAAUCACAUUUGUAAAAUAUGAGGUUUGAUGACAAGAAAGUUGUUGGAGGUAUUAUCUUAGCUACUUGAAGGAUAAUAUACAUUUCCAGGAAGUUCUUUAUUUGUAUUUGUUCAAAUUCUGUCCUACAAAUUCACAUACUAUACUGAGGAUUUGACACCAGUUUAUUUAUUAUGUUUAAUGUUUUACAAUAGCAUUUUAAAGGGGUGAUGAUGGGUAGAGGACUAUACAGUUAGUCAUGUAUACAGUAGUGUACUUUCUUUAAGCAGACUUUUGACAGUGAGAUUAUCUGAUAGAGUUCUAUUUUUCGACAAUAUACAAAGUGCCAAAUCAUACAGGCAUGUUCAGCUGUCAGUGCAGAUUGGAUCAUAAUUCAUGUGAAAAUGUUUUAAAGCACAGAUUUUGUUCUGAAGCAUACUUUUUUUUUCUGUCAUUGCAGCAUAUGUCUUCUUUGUUAUGUACUGUAAUUUUGAAAUGGCCUUGCAUAAAUUCAACUGUAAAUAUAUAAAUACAAUAUUAAAAGUUAAACAUUAUUUUUGCUUUAUUUGCACUGGUAGAAGGAAAAUACAACAGGAAUGGAAUGUUAUUACUGCCACUGAGAUGUUAUUUUUCUGGCUGCAAUUUUGAAUCAAUCUGUGCUAAACCAGCAGUGUUUUUGUCCAGUGGUGUGAGCCUUCUUGUUCAAUACAGUGAGCUUGAAACAUUAUUUUUUGUAAAUAGUUCGUAUAAAAUGGAUACACUAUUUAAAAUGUGCAGGCAAAAAUUAAGUAUAAAAAAAUAAAAACAAUAACAUCCCAACAUGCAAUAACAAGGUGUAUUGAUUUUCCCCUAUGAGGUGGGGGACAUGUUAGAACAUAAACAGCCUGAUAAUUGUGAGGUCAUCAUAAUGCUGAUACUCUUUUCUUGCAGUAUGGUAACUAGAUAGGCUAAAUGUAUGCUUGUGCAAGUUUAAUGCGAGUGUGUACUGGUGUGCGCACUUGGCUCUAAUUGCUCUGGGAUAUUAUUGCAGGUGUCCACUAGGUGGCAGUACUACCAUACAAAUUAGGCUCAUUGACGGAAUGUCUGCACAUUAUUUUUUAUAUUUCACAUACAAAUAAUGUAAUGAAUGACUGAGUGGAUUAGGGUUUAAAAAAAACAUCUUUUAGCUAUCAAACUUUGCAACUGUGUGAAGAUUUCUGAGGGAGGUAUUUUCCACUUGCUUGCUGGUCAGCCCUGGAUUUCUACCGUUUGAAUUACUUUUGUAGAUUAUGUCUGACUAUCCUUUUCCCAAAAGGAUCUACAUUGGGAACCUAUUCUAUGUUGUAUAGAAAACUGAGAUCCUUAUAUGACUGCACAGCACAGAAGCCACAUUAAAAGGGAAGAUGCCAGUUGGUUUGUCCUAACUGUUAAUAUCAUUGUCUUGGUGUGGUUUUUCUAAUAUAUCUAAAUAAAUACUGUUCAUGGGAGUUCAUUUUA